AGCAUUAGCAAUCAAGAUAGGAAAAUUAAAAUCUGCUAUAUUUGCAAACAGAGACAUUAUGAGUCAAAACAUAGGGUGGGUCUCCUCUGCAGAUCAGAUGACCAGCAGUCUAUAAAAGAAGCUGUGAGGGGCUCGAACUGAAAGCUAAAAGAGAGCGCUUUGUGACACACUUGGGCUGCCUUCAGUUCUGGAUAAUGGCCUUUAGCAGGAAAGAAAACCUUGAAGAAUAUAAGAAAUCAGAAGAAAUCUGUGAAGAAAUCAUUGGCAUUGAAGGCAUAGAUGAUGAAGAGCCCAAAGAACAAUGUCAGAAACAAAAGCACAAAAUGAAAAUACCAAAAAAUAUGAAAAUAACAAAUAUUAUAAAACACAGAAAAAAUGUAAAUUCUGAAGAUGAUCUCAUCCCCGAAGCACUGUUAGAAGUGGACCUUGACACCAUUGAAGGCAUAGUAGAGUCUCCUGGUGAUCCUGAAGUGGGAUGUCAGAAACAAAAAUUCAGAAUCAAAAUAUCAGAAAAAAUUAAAAUUCUUCACUUCAAGAAAUGGCAGAAGAAUUCACAAUCCCCUGGAACUUCAUCAGUGGAAUUGGAUUUCAAAGGGAACCUUGAGCAGAACCGUUUAGCUGAAGCACAGCAACAACUGAUGAAAGCUGAGGAACUUCUUUUUGGUUCUAAAGAAGUGAGCAGGACAGAAGAUGAGGAAGACAAGCUGCAUAUGGACUAUGAGAUCUUUGUUUUGCACUUGAGAUUGGCCAUCCAUGACUCCUUCAGUGAUGACAACCAGGAGACACUCAAGAGUGCUUUGACUUCAAUACUUAAAGAGGAGGCACAGGACAGACGCUGGAUGGAAGUUGCCAUGGAUCAACGUCCAGUAUGGAGGCCCAUAAGCUGCAGACAGAUCCAUGACACAUUACUCCAGACUACCGUGGAGGAACGAAUGAAGAAUGCAGAAGAUGAACAGGAGAAUAAAGCAGACAUCCUGUCUACCUCCUUGAAGAGAGAGGUGUUCAGAAUGGGCAAACAAGUGCAGAAAGAUCUGCUCAGAGUGGUCCGAAAUCUAAAAGAGUGUUACCCACCAGACUUUGACAUCUGCAGAACAUAUGCUCAGCUCUACCAUCAAACCUUUUCCACCAGACUUCAAGAGCUUGCCAGAUGCAAAAUCAGUUCUGAGGACUGCCUCUAUAUAUUAAGUUGGAUUGUGGAGUACUACCCAAAAGAUGUAUUGAAGCAUAAAGAACUAGAGGAGCACAUCAACAGUUCAUCACUUGGAGCUCUGUUACCUGAAGAAGACCUUAAGAGAUUAGAGGAACAGUACUUCUCUUACAAAGAGAACAAUAUCAGAAACUGGUUAUCCAAUGCUUUUGAGAAAGAAGUGAAAAAAUGGAGUGAUGGCAUCGAACCAGAGCUGAUGGAUGGAUACUACUUCAGUAGCCUUGCUUUUGAUGUUUUACCACUUAUUGAUGGGGCUGUAAAAGAUGUCAAUGCACUUUUGAGCUGUGAAAGUAAAGCCCGGAGUCUUCUAAACCAGCUGGACAGCUUUCUUCUGAGCUAUAAGACAAGUCUGGAGGAACUUGUAAAAAAAAAACAAGAAAACAUUCCUAAAACUCUCACUGCUAAUCUGCUUAAUAUUUACCAGUUUAGGGAUUAUGUACAAAAACCAGAACAUCCUUUCUUAGAGGACACUAGAACAGCUUGCCUGUCCACAUUAGCAGAUCUCAAAAACAUUUGUCACACAUACUUCCUCAGUCGUAUUCACACAGAACUGAAGCCGCUGUACCGUAAGCUGUGGACUCAAGUUUGGUUCUCUGGACAUUGUGAGGUUGUGGAGGAGCUGGUGAAGGCACUUGAGAAUAAAACAGACAGUUUCAAAGAGCUGAAGUCUGUCUGCAGAGAGGAGCUACUGGCUGAGUUGCAUCUAGAAGUAAUGGUUGAAUAUGUGAGGCGAAUGAUGAAGAGAAAUCUGAAACUGAAAGACAAAGAGCAGCAAGAAGCAGCUGCUGAGUUCAUAUGCCACGACAGCAAUCAAAUCUGCUCUGUGUUUGCCAAAGUGGGAUCCAGAGAGGAAUGGCUCUGUCAAAUACUGCCCAAAUUAUCAGAGAUUCUGAGACUCCAGGAUCCUGGGAGUUUGCAACUUGAGAUUGUUACUCUGGCAAGAGACUAUCCUGACAUAAGUAUUUGUUGUUGUCAUUCGUCACUAGAGAGCAGCAUAUUCUUGCUCUCCUAAACCUGAAGACCAACCUUUCAAGCUCAGAUCUGCGCAGGAUCAAAGGGUGUCUGAUUGAAAACAGAGGCACACUGGACACCGAGUCCUCUACUUCCUUCUUCUCUAAAGUACACAUCAAACGGAAAAUCAUCUAAAUGCCCUGUUACAUCUACAGCUAAUGUUAAACAACUGUGAUUCAUACUGUGAUACAUAAUCAGUGUUGUUAUGUAAUAUUUAUUAUUAAAAAAAACUCGUGGUAUUAUUCUGUUCUUCUCAACUGAUUUCACACUGUUCUCCAAAAGUCCUCUGCUUCCUUCUUCUCUAGAUUAUUUAUCAAAUGGAACAUCAUCUGAAUGCCCUGUUACAUCUAUAGCUGAUCUUAAAUACCUGUGAAGCAUACUGUGAUACAAAAUCAGUAUUAUCCAUUCAUCCAUCCAUUUUCCAUGCCCUCUGCAGGGUCGUGGGGGGCUGGGGUCUGAACGGAUGGCCAGUAUAGUCAGUAUUAUUUUAUGUAAUAUUUAUUAUUAUGAAAACUCAUAUCAGUCUGUUACAAGUCAUAUUAUUAUAUUGCAGCUGUGGCCUAAUGGUUAGAGAAUUGGACUUGUAACCAGAAGGUUGCAGGUUCGAGUCUCGGUGCUGGCAGGAGUUGGAGGUGGGAGGGAGUGAAUGAACAGCGCUCUCUUCCACCCUCAA